AUUGGUAGCCUGGUUUUGACCCCGGUCGUAAUUUGUGGCCUUCGCCUUGGUUUUCGGCUCCAGUCCACUGAUUGUGGUCGCCUUAUCGCAAUCCGUGUUGGCUACAAAACAGCCCCGCCGCCGAGCAGAACCAACCAGUCGAUGGCAAACGGUGCCAGCGUUAGAUAGAUCAAUUCUAAAUCCAUUCCACGCCGGAACUAGAAACCAUGUACUUGGAGCUCGUUGCGAUCCUCCUGACGACCCUGUUCGUGUGGGACUACCUGCGAUUCAGGCGCCACAACAAAAUGUACGCCGCCGCCGGAAUCCGCGGACCCACCUGCUAUCCUUUCGUGGGCAAUGCGCCCAUGAUGAUCAACGAGUCGCCCAAAACCGUCUUCGAUCUGCAAUUCCGACUGAUCGCACAGUACGGCAAGAAUGUCAAGAUCCAGAUGAUGGGCGAGCGCGGCUUCAUGACCGCCGAUCCCAAGAUGAUUGAGGCCAUCAUGAGCAGCCAGCAGACGAUCCAGAAGAACAACCUCUACGGCCUGCUGACCAACUGGCUGGGCGACGGCCUGCUGGUUAGCAAGGGCCAGAAGUGGUUCCGCCGCCGGAAGAUCAUCACGCCCGCCUUCCACUUCAAGAUCCUCGAGGAUUUCGUGGAGGUCUUCGACCAGCAGAGCGCCAUUAUGGCCCAGCAGCUGCACGCGAAGGCGGAUGGCAAGACGGUGAUCAAUAUGUUCCCGGUGGCCUGUUUGUGUGCCAUGGACAUCAUUGCGGAAACGGCCAUGGGUGUGAAGAUCAAUGCUCAGCUGCAGCCGGACUUUCCCUACGUUCAGUCGGUGAAAAAUGCCUCUGCCACUUUGGCUGAGCGCUUCAUGAAUCCCCUGCAGCGCCAGGAUGCCCUGAUGAGGCUAUUCUAUCCCAAGGUGCUCGACAAGCUAAACGAUUCCGUGAGCAACAUGCACAGCUUCACCAACUCGGUAAUCACCGAGCGUCGCGAUCUCCUCCAGAAGUCCCUGGCUGGCAACGCUCCUCUCCUGAACGACGUGGGCCAGAAGCGCCGGAUGGCCCUGCUGGACGUCCUGUUGCAGUCCACCAUCGAUGGGGCGCCCCUGAGCAACGAGGACAUCCGCGAGGAGGUGGACACCUUCAUGUUCGAGGGCCACGACACCACGACCAGCAGCAUCGCCUUCACCUGCUACCUGCUGGCCCGUAAUCCGGAGGCCCAGGCGCUCGCCUUCCAGGAGAUUCGCGACGUCCUCGGCGACGACAAGUCGGCUCCGGUCACCAUGCAGCAGCUGGGCGAGCUGAAGUACCUGGAGUGCGUGAUCAAGGAGUCGCUGCGCCUGUUCCCCUCGGUGCCGCUCAUCGGACGCCACAUCACGCAGGACACCAUGCUGGCUGGCAAGCUGAUACCUGCCCACUCGGAUGUGGUUAUCCUGAUAUACCAUGCCCAGCGCGAUCCGGAGUACUUCCCCGAGCCGGAGAAGUUCCUGCCGGAGCGUUUCAGCAUGGAGCGCAAGGGCGAGAUCAACCCGUUCGCCUACACUCCCUUCUCGGCGGGCGCGAGGAACUGCAUCGGCCAGAAGUUCGCGAUGCUGGAGAUGAAGAGCACCAUCAGCAAGAUGCUGCGGCACUUUGAGCUGCUGCCCCUCGGCGAGGAAGUGCAGCCGGUGCUGAACCUCAUCCUGCGCUCCUCCACGGGCAUUAACGUGGGCAUCAAGCCGCGCGUCUAUUAG